AUGACAUCUACAACCUCCAUUGUCGUUGACGGCGUUGUUCGUUCCCCCCCAACUGGUAUCAAAGUCAUCAUCGUGGGAGCUGGCUUGGCCGGUUUAUGUAUGGGCAUCGAGUCCUGGAGAAAGGGUCACGAUGUCGAAAUAAUCGAGAGGAGCACCUCCAUCGUUCCAACCGACUGGACUAUGGAAAGCGAGUUAGAGAAGGAGAAGGCAGGUAUCUUUGUACAGGACUUGGAGACUAACGGAGAAUGGACUUUGGCAUAA